AUGGAUCGAUCGCAGGGAUCGUUGGCAGUGCCUCAGUACGUUUUGACUCCGCUACUGUUCCCGACUCUACCAGACGGCGAUCACCUCGAAGCUCUUAACCCAGAGUCCCCUGCUGCGAUUCAGCAGAAUGCGCAACGCUCCAUUCGUUGCGCCGAAAGUGAUGGCUCCUUCCUCUACAUUGGUACGUCCGACGGUCUGAUCCACUCAUUUCAAAUUACGCAUCGUCCCACGGCCAGUAGAAGCGCGGCAGCUUCCCCUUCGAAAUCUCAGUCACCGACGUAUAUUCACAAGUCUAGUCGCUCUAUAUCCAACAAUGCCAAGCCAAUUGAAAAAAUCGUGCUGCUUCGGCCCUUCAAAGCUGCUGCUGUCCUCUGCGAGGGAGUUGUCAGCUUCUACUCUCUCCCCAAUUGGACGCCAAUACGAAGCUUGCCCUCGACAAGGGCAGUUAGCACAAUAGUGAUCGAUGAUGAAGAGGCAGAACAUGGAACGGGAACGGAUGCCGCAGGGAUGAUCAGCAUCUGCUUGGUUCGAAGGAAGAACAUCAUCCUCGGCAAAAUUGGUGCCGAAGGUCGUUCUGAACUCUUGUGGGCCACUGUCAAGGACAUCCCACUCCCUGGAGGCGCCAUCUUUGCUCGUCGCUUCGCCGAUACCCUCUGUAUAGCGAACGCAACCGAAUACAGCCUCGUCAACCUCUCCUCGGGCAACAUCACGCAGCUAUAUCUACCCAUCAGCCAGACCGGCGAGUCACCCUCAGCCCAAGUCCGGCCCAGCAUCGUCACUGUUCCUGUGCUUCCUUUCAGCAACAAGCAAGGCAAUCCAUCGCCUACUCUCGAACGCUCCGGGUCUUCCUCAGCACCUGCAAAGUGCGAAUUCUUGGUCACGUCCCACAGCGGCUCCAUCACUUUAGGUGUAUUUGUCAAGCCAUCUGGCGAGCCAGCACCAAAGCUGCUCGAAUGGCCCUCCCAUCCGCGCUCUGUCACUUUUGAUGGCAAGCAUCUCGUCUCAUUGCUGCGAAACGACACAGUCGAAGUACACGGUCUCAGAGCGGAUUCCGUCGACAAGAUCCAGACACUGCAACUUCCUCCUGGCUUGGAUCCGCGCUUCCUGCAGUCAAUUCAGGGCCCUUCAUCUUCCACCCAAGCUUCUGCCUUUGCUGGUGCAGGAGGAGCCAGCUCUGAUAGUGACGAUCUUGACAUCCUCAAAGUGACCCUCUCCGAGCUGGAUAGUUGGGACGUGCCGACUUUGCAUCGUGCUUCGGAAAAGACCACUGAAUCCUCUUCCCCACGACAUCAGAUCAUCCUUUGCGGAAAGAACUCGACAUCCGCUGUCCAGCAGGACCCGCUCUUGAGUUACACGAACCAACAGCUUCAACGAGGUCGACUUGGCAACCUGCAGCAGAGUUUGGAAACGUACCGACAGAGCAGGACAAGUCCACGAGACGGCUAUGAUACCAUGCGAUCCUCACUUGAAUCAUCAGUAGCUCACGCACUCUUGGGCAUCGAGUUACUUCACCGCACCGACUUCUCUUCAGCAACUCAGACCCUGCGUCACGCGAACCUGGAUCCGCGAUUGAUCCUCGAAAUCUUUCCGACAUUACGCCCAAAGUCACAGCAACGCAGGGAAGCCAUCAUGCCAGCACUCGUCCUGUCGAGCCUCGGCAAGCUCAAGCACCGAGACCAGAGUACACUGCAAAGUAUCGAAGGUCUUAUAGCUGCCAACCUCACUCUCAAUUAUUCACCGCCUUUGCAGGUCGACACGGAUAAGACGCUCGGUCAACUCAAGACUGACUUGGUGCGGAGGGCCGAUGUGAUGCUGCGCACGCUUCUAGAGGAAUGGCGUGCUAGAUCAGCUGCUGCUGCUGCCAGCGUCGAGGGGAAAGAUACGCCGUUCUGGGCCGGCUCAUUCAUGGACGAGCAGAUGCUGACCAAUGUUGACGCUCGCGUAGACUCUGCGUAUCUUCAACUCAUCGUGGAACGACGCGGCGUGUUGCAAGAUGAUGGCGCCACAUUUAAGGAUGAGCUUGCAGCUUUCUUGAGCUCGAGACAUGCUUGCGAGCCGGCUUUAAUAGAAAAUAUGCUUGAGGAGAAGCAGUUCCUGGGGCUACUAGCGGAGCAUCACCAACAUAUUGGCAACGUCGAGGGAGCGCUAAAGAUCUGGACAGGCCUCGUCGAUGGCGACAUGGUCGAUUCGCUGAACACAACAGUCGACAGUCAGGCUACGAUCGCGAAAGUCGCUGCCGUGCUCAAUGAACAGAAGGAUCAGAAUCUGCUUUCGACCUACGGGCGGUGGCUUGUACGCAAGGACUCUGAAGCCGGUAUCCGUAUCCUCACAAAGCAGACGACAGUGUCACCGUCCGAAGCAACAGAGAAGCUGACACCACGAACCAAGGCCGAGGAGCUGGAGGCUAUUCAUGCACAGAAAGCGACCAUCGAAGAGCUGCGAGACAUCGACGCCGAUGCAGCCAUCAAGUACCUUGAGGUUGUCGCGCUAUCUACCUCAAAAGUACAAGACGAGCAGAUGCAUCGCGAGCUUGCAGCGGCGCUGCUCCGUCGUGUUGGGGUGCACCUCCAGGACCACGAAUAUCGUCGAAAGAUGGAUGCUGUGGCCAGUGACUACGCCAACGGGUCCUACGCCGAGUCGUUCUUUGCGCAUCUUGCACUGGCAAGCAGUGGUUCUACCAAAGAUAUGGAUCGUUUGAAGCUAGCCAUGCUGUUGCAAGGAUCUACCGUUCUCGAUUACAAAACGCUGCUGGACACGAUUACGCCCUUGGAGCAGCUCAGCUACGAGAAGGCCAUCAUCCUCGGCAAGCUGGGAAGGGAUGCCGAAGCCCUUUCGCUGCUUGCCACCACCCUUAGGGACGCGAAUAGUGCAGAAGCAUAUUGCUCGCAAGACGGGGAAGUCUUAUCAGCGAUGCUUGCUUCGUCGAUUGCGGAAGAUCAUGAGGCUCUGCAACCGUUCGCUGCUAUGCUCAGGCGGACAUACACACAACGCAUCAAGGCGCAUGCCAAGGCAGCGUCGCAACGCGGUCUAUCUGGAGCACAGCGCAAGGAAGAGCUGCUCAAGCAAUUGCUCUCGGUGUACAUGGCCAACGGUGCAGAAGAGAAGUUCGGCAUUGCUACCGCUCAUCUACUCAACACGCAAGCGCUUCAUCUCGACAAUCGAGAGGUGCUCGAGCUGGUACCGAAAGAUUGGUCCCUUCAGACACUGGAGACGUUCUUGACGCAAAGCUUGCGCCGACAGCUCCACGGCAAGCGCGAGAUGCAGAUUCUGCGCAACAUUGCCAAGUGUCGCAACCUGGAUGUCGCAGAAGAUCUGUGGGCGAGACAGCGUGCAAUGGGAGGUAUUCUUCAGGACACAGAGUAUGAUGGUGGCAGUGGUGGUGGCAGAGUUGCCCAAGCUGCUGCAGACGAAGAGUUCAGCUACGGUGAUUUGAAAGAGGUUGAGACAACAUAUCCGACUUUGGCCGAGAAGAAGCAGCAGAGGAAUGAUGUUGCCUGA